CAGCAACAGCUUUUCGAAGUCUCUCUGUAAUCUCAUCGGACGAGAAACAGUACGGCGAUCGGAAAACUCUGAGAUGCAUCGCGGCGCGGCGGUUUUCGGACGGAAACGUAGACUGAUACUUCUCCAUGGCAGCAGAAACUUCGCCAGAUCCUUUUGCUCUUCUUCUUCACUAUCUGGUGAGAGGGAUUCACAUCUUCGCUAUUUCAUUUGCAACUUCUGGAAGCUGUGCGAUGGCUUGAGAUUGGUUUAUGAUUCUUACGGUGCCGAAUUUGAACAAUCAGUGAAUCGAAGUUAACGAUUGAUUAUGUGCAGAACAUGAAUGUUUCAUUAAGGAUAUAGCAAAAGCUCAGCCUCCUAAGCAUCUGAUGCAGCUGCUGAAUAUAUUCACAGCUAGAGGUAAAUCCAUAGUUUCUCCUGGUGCCAAGCAAGGCUUGUUACCUCUUACUAUUCCGUUGGUGAAAAUGAGCCCGGGUUCUUCAAUUGCUCUAUUACGGUGGCCAACAGCUCCUUCUAGUAUGGAGAUGCCUGUGGUGGAAGUUCAGAAACAUGGGGUUUGGUUUCUAGCUAAUAAUGUUGAUCAGUUCAUUCACAGAAUAUUGGUGGAAGAAGAUGUUUCCAAACCCGAAGAAUGCAGCCAAGAAAUCUUCAAUGCUGCUGGUGAAGCUGGGAAGAAACUUUACAGUAAGGGUGACUUUGCCAGUUCAAGACUGAUGGAUUUAGAUGCCUAUCUUUUAAGAAAGGUUGGAUUGUUUCCAGAUUCUCUUGAACGAAAAGUUAUUCGGCAUAUCGAGAAUGGAGACCAUGUUUCAGCUUUGGUGGCUACCGAGUUUUAUACAAAGAGAGGGAACUUUCCCGGAUUUGCCCGGCCAUUCGCUUUCAACGCAAAAGUUUUACUGAAACUUGGGCGUAACUUAGAAGCGAAAGACGCAGCUAGGGGUGCUUUGAAAUCUUCGUGGUGGACCUUAGGAUGCAGAUAUGAGGAAAUUGCUCAAAUAGCAGAGUGGGGAGAAGAGCAAAUUGCGCAGUAUAAGGAGAGAGUUACAGGAGAAGGAAAACAACGGGAUAUAGACAGGGGAAAGCCAAUGGCUCAGGCAUCUUUGGACGAGGCUGCGUUCUUACUGAAUCUAGCGUCACUUGAAGGGACAUGGGACGAAUCACUGGAACGGGUUGCUCAGUGCUACAAGGAAGCUGGACUUAACGACAUCGCCAAGUUUGUUCUGUACAGAGAUUGAGAAGUCUCUUUUAAAGGCCACAAUUUGUUCUUUUGAGACCUGAGAUGACAUUAUAUCAAAUGAUCUUAUGCAUUUAGUGUCUACGUUGAAGAUUUACAUUAACCCUGCUAAAGAUUCAUUGGGUCAAGAUUACUGAUUGUAUCCUUUCUGAGACUAAAAGUGGAAUAAAGCAGAAUGAUCAUCUUAUAGAGUAAUACUCU